AUGGCUUUCCACGUGGAAGGACUGAUAGCUAUUAUCAUCUUCUACCUCCUCAUAUUGUUUGUUGGCAUCUGGGCUGCCUGGAGAACCAAAAACAGCGGCAGCGCAGAAGAGCGCAGCGAAGCCAUCAUUGUUGGUGGCCGAGACAUUGGGUUGCUGGUUGGUGGAUUUACCAUGACAGCCACCUGGGUUGGAGGCGGGUACAUCAAUGGGACAGCCGAAGCAGUUUACGUGCCAGAUUAUGGGCUAGCCUGGGCUCAGGCACCCAUUGGAUAUUCUCUUAGUCUGAUUUUAGGUGGUCUGUUCUUUGCCAAACCUAUGCGUUCCAAGGGGUACGUGACCAUGUUAGACCCAUUCCAGCAAAUCUACGGGAAACGCAUGGGCGGGCUCCUGUUCAUCCCAGCACUGAUGGGAGAGAUGUUCUGGGCUGCGGCUAUUUUCUCUGCACUAGGGGCCACCAUCAGCGUGAUCAUCGACGUGGACGUGCAUGCUUCGGUCAUCAUCUCCGCGCUCAUUGCCACGCUCUACACCCUGGUGGGCGGUCUCUAUUCCGUGGCCUACACAGAUGUGGUCCAGCUCUUCUGCAUCUUUGUAGGACUAUGGAUCAGUGUCCCUUUUGCCCUGUUACAUCCUGCUGUCAGCGACAUUGGCUUCACCGCCGUGCAUGCCAAAUACCAGGAGCCCUGGCUGGGGACCAUUGAAUCAUAUGAAGUCUACACUUGGCUUGAUAGUUUUCUGUUGUUGAUGCUGGGUGGAAUCCCAUGGCAAGCGUACUUCCAGAGAGUUCUGUCUUCGUCCUCAGCCACCUAUGCUCAGGUGCUGUCCUUUCUGGCGGCCUUCGGGUGUCUAGUGAUGGCUCUACCAUCCGUACUCAUUGGAGCCAUUGGCGCAUCAACAGACUGGAACCAGACUACAUACGGGUUUCCAGAUCCCAAGACCAAAGAAGAAGCGGACAUGAUCCUCCCCAUUGUGCUUCAGUACCUGUGCCCCGUGUACAUUUCCUUCUUUGGCCUUGGUGCGGUUUCUGCUGCUGUUAUGUCAUCUGCUGACUCUUCCAUCCUGUCAGCAAGUUCAAUGUUUGCUCGGAAUAUCUACCAGCUUUCCUUCAGACAAAAUGCAUCAGACAAAGAAAUCGUAUGGGUCAUGCGAAUCACCGUGUUUGUGUUUGGAGCUUCUGCAACAGCCAUGGCCUUGCUGACAAAGACCGUGUAUGGGCUCUGGUACCUCAGCUCUGACCUGGUCUACAUCAUCAUCUUCCCCCAGCUGCUGUGCGUGCUCUUCGUCAAGGGCACCAACACAUACGGGGCUGCAGCUGGUUAUGUUUCCGGGCUUUUCCUGCGGAUAACCGGAGGGGAGCCAUACCUGUACCUACAACCUUUGAUCUUCUACCCCGGUUGUUACCCCGAUAAGAAUGGCAUCUAUAACCAGCGAUUCCCAUUCAAAACACUCGCCAUGGCUACCUCAUUCUUAGUCAACAUUGGUGUCUCUUAUCUAGCCAAAUACCUAUUUGAAAGUGGAACCCUACCACCCAAAUUAGAUGUAUUUGAUGCUGUUGUUGCAAGACACAGUGAAGAAAAUAUGGAUAAGACGAUUCUCGUCAGAAAUGAAAACAUUAAGUUAGAUGAACUUGCACCUGUGAAGCCUCGACAGAGCCUAACCCUCAGCUCAACUUUCACCAACAAAGAGGCUCUACUGGACGUCGACUCCAGUCCUGAAGGGUCUGGGACUGAAGAUAAUUUACAAUGA